AUGGGUCCGAAUGUGAAGUGGAUGCGCCCCCGCUCAGGGAUCCCCCAGCGCAUUCGGAAGACGCUGCCCGCCCCGCCCCGCCCCGGAGGGAAGGAAGCCCGGCCUCGGCUCCGUCUCCGGGCCACGGGGUGUUGGAAGUGGGGGACCUCCUCCUUCGCCCGUCCCCCCAGUCUGGAGAACCCCAGGCUCUGCCCGCACAGCCCCCACGCGGGCCGGCGCGCUCGGCUUCCAGGCUGUCGCCCUCUCCCGGGCCGGGGAGGAGCCGCCCCGCCGCCUCCCCAGCGCGGCCAACCCCGGGCCGGCCCAGCCCCCGCCCCGGGCCGGCCACAGGGCGCUGGGGGGGCGGGGGCCGGGGGCGCGGCUUUGUGGCGGCCGCGGACCGCGGAGGCCGGGUGCAGCCCCGUCGGCUCCGCGCGCUGCAGAGCGGGGUCUUCUGCGCCCCCCGCCCAUCACUCGGGUCUCGCCUGGGGAGGGGCGGACGUUUCCUCGGGAAGUACCCCACCCCCCGGGGAAGGAUCUGAGGCUGGGCUUCAAUCGAGACGGAGGCUGCAGGGCCCGCGGGGCGCCCCCGCCCCGAGCCCCGGCAGGCGCAGCCCCGGGGGACCCCCCGCACCCCCGGAGGAGGCGGCGGCGAUAAACCUGCCAGUAAUUUCAGUGAAUGAAACAUGGAACACGUCAAGGCCAGAGGAUGGAAAAGGCUCCAGUUUUGAUAAAAGGAGGCCUGCUUGGCUUGGAAUCUUCCCUCCUACCAGUCAGGAGAUACAAAGAUGUUCCCAGAAAGGGACUGAUGAACUGAGGGAAAAGAAACGAAGCCAAUCCCUCUGCCAUGUGACACCCUGCGUUGCUGUCACCACCCACCAACAAGGCUCUCACCAGAUGUAUUCCCUGGACUUUGGACUUCCCAGCCUCUGGAACUCCAAGAUGGAGAGCAGCUUCAUGAGAGGAACCACACACAGGGCGAUGGAAGGCACUGGCUCGUCUGCCAUGAGAAUGCAGCCUCUUGUGGACCCGGAAGUGGGCUCCUCUCAGCCCCUGACACAGUGGUGACACAUGAAUGACACAAUAGUCAUCAAAGGGCCCCACCAACGCCACCAUCACCUCCAACCGGGCCUCCAUCUGAAAUCACAGAAACCCUCCGUAGCCUCCCAGACCUCCAGUUCCCAUUGCAAUCAGGCUGGUAUCCUUGAUGUCACAGAAUGGGAGAUGAUUCCAAAAAAAGAUUUGCAAAGAGGCAGCCAGGAUGGGGUGCGUUUUUCUUUAAUUAUUAUAUUGUUCUGUCCACUCUUUGUUAUCUCUGUUCACAUCCCUACUUGAGCACCAGCUUAGGAAAAAACAAAACCAAAACAAAAAUUAGCCCCCGAGUUUAGACAAGACAGCUUGCUAGUGGUUCUCUCACUCCUGUAAUUAAUGCUGAAAAUGUUCAUUACUUGCCUUGGCUGCAAAGGUAAUAAUAAAAAUGCGCAGCCUGACUACUUGGCUGCUAAUUCCCUUCUUGGUGUUUUUCUUCCCCUUUCCUUAAAUUAAUUCCAGAGUUCUUCCAGAUUUCUCGUUGCUAAGCUGUAAAGUUCCAGGUUUCACGGCGUGGCUGCUAAUUGGCAGGGAGUUCCCAGGCAGCUCCAAUCAGAACCUGGUUGCUGAAAGGAGUGUCCACAUCGCAGCUCGCCUGGGGGUUUCGGAAUUUUCUCGAUGACAUUAUGAACCACAGAAGUCUUUGUCUAACUCUGUGGAACCCGUUCUCUUAAUCAGGUUGUUGGGGGAUUCCAUAGAUCCUGGAAUUUCCCUGGGGUUGUGGAGAGUCCUUGGGUAGCAGGGUUAGAGUAGUGACAGGUAUGCUCAGGGGUCAUUCACGGCUGACCACAGAUGGACAGUGUGACCCCACACCCCAGGGCAGGAGGGAUGCCUCAACCCCCGCCAGGACUGACCUCUCACGUCCAUCUCCCGAGCUCGGUGAAAGACUGUCUGGAGGAGGCUGGAGAAAACUGGAUGCCGUUGAACUUGGGAUUGCGGGGGUGACGGCCACAUUUGUAAAGGACUUUAAAAAACAUGGAUAGAAGACCAUUCUGGUGUCCUACCUCUAGAAUCCUAAUGAAAACCACCAGCAUGAACUGAGUCCCUACUCUGUGCCAGAAGCUACAUCCACGUGUCUUGCCAUCCUGAAACUCCCAUCAGACAAAUUGGAAACAGCUGCUGGUUUUGCUUGCUGCUUCCAUCUUUCAGGAGCAGGGAGGUCAUGUGACCCAGUCCUGGCCACACUGAUUGGCUCUGGGUUGGGCACAUGACCAAGCUGGACCAAUCAGAAUCUUCCUUGGGAUUUUUCUGCCAGAACUAAAGGAAAAGCCUCCCACUUCCCACCAUGGCAUUUGCUGAGCUGUUGGCCACUGCAAAAACAUGUGGAAGGUGUACGAAGUCCUCAAAGCCCUGUGACAAUGCUUGAGCCCCAAUGCAGCCAUAGGGAAAGCCAGAUCUACUCCCUGGGUUUUACAGUUACAGGAAUAGUAAAUUCUCUUUCUGCUGAA